UCUCAUUUUAUCUUCCCAACAACCCUGGGCAAUAGAAAAUGAAUGCAGAAAGAGGUUAAAUGAUUUGUCAAAGGUCAUAUAAUUAGGAAAUAUCUGAGUUAGAACUCAGCUCCAUUCUGAUUCCAAACUCACAACUCCAUCCAUUACUCUACCCAGUAAAAUAACUGACUGGAACUAUUAUCUCCCCCUCUUGCCCUUUACAUAUGAAGAACCAGAGGUUCUUGGGAUUGCCCAUGGCUAUGUACUUAGUAAAUGUCAGAGGCCAGAUUUGAACGGAGAAAUUUUGUAUUUCAAGUACAACAUUCCAUCUUCCGUAUCCACCAUUCAGCCUCCAGUGAUUUUAUCAGGAAGGAUACGCCAGAUAGAUCCCAGCUCUACAUUCCAACUCUCUGAUGGCUUGUCACUGUUACUCCUGAAGCAGCCCUAAAUUUAAGGGGACUCUGUUUGUUGCUGGUGUGGAUUUGUGAUUUAGUCAGUCUGAAUUUACCUCUGCCUAUCUACAAUCUUAGAAAAUUGCCUGGAGAUACCAAGAGAUGAAGAGGCUCUUCUAUAGUCAUACAGCAGUUUCUCAUCCACAGCAAUGCAGACUUAAAAGUUCGAAUCUCCUAUGUUCAAAGAAAGAGAAUGCAUGUCAGGAUUUCUCACUAACGCAGACAAGCAAUCUUAGUCACUCUGAAGGACCGACGCAUUCAAAAUUGGCAUACCAUUGCACCUGUGAACAGAAAAAGAUGGAUGCAGAUGCUGAAGAUAAAAGGCUGCAUACUCGCUCAAAAGGAACCAAGGUUCAAGUGGAGUCUCUGGUACAAGAGCUCAGUGCUGCAUAUGGCUGCCCCAUGGCAAAGAAGAGAAAAACUGAAGAGCCCACCUUAGGUGUCCCAGUCAACAAAAGGAAAUCCUUAUUAAUGAAGCCUCGUCACUACAGCCCCAGUGUGGAAUGCAAAGAGGAAAAUGAUGACCAAAGUGAAACAGAAGAUUGUCUCUUGGAGACAAAUGGCCAUCUCAUUGCAGAAGAAAAUCUUGUGAAGCCUAUUGAAGGAAUUCUUCAUUCAAGUGGAAAAGAAAGCUUCAACAGAAAAAAUGACAGUUACACUCGCUACCAAGAUCUAGUGGUCAAAUCUUUAAUGCAUUUGGGAAAACUAGAGCAAGAUGCUUCCAUGCAAAUAGUAACUGAAAACCUAAAUGACAGUGGCAUUCAGUCAUUAAAAACGGAAAGUGAUGAAGUCGAUGACUGCUUCAUGGUUCAUUCAGCUGAUUGCAAGGCCAAAAUCAAUGAUACUAAUCUACAAUACUGUUCAUCUGAUGACAAUGAAAGUCACUCUGAAAUUGCAGAAAAUGGUUGGGACAGUGCUUCCAACUUCUCAGAGGAAACUCCUGAAAAAUCCAAUGUGGCUCAAACUUAUAUUGUAAGUAAUAAUCAAAAGGAACCCUUGGAAGCUCCAGAAAUUAAAACUGAAGUGGAAAAUUUUGUCCCCUGUGAAAAGGUGUGUGAUUUUGAAAUGGAGAUGAGAGAAUCACAGAAUUCUCCCAUGGAAUCUUUGGAGAGUAGAGCUCAAAAUCCCCUCCUAGAUGGUGACGAAGAGGACACUGAGUGCCUGUCUAUAACAACAGAAGAGUCAAUUGAUUUGGAUAAAACAAAAGGGCACUUGAGUUUGUUAGAGCAGGCCAUAGCUCUGCAGGCAGAGCAAGGUCAUGUGUUUCAUAGCACCUACAAAGAACUGGACAGGUUUCUAUUGGAACACCUAGCAGGUGAAAGGAAGCACACCAAAGUUAUUGAACUGGGUGGAAGACAAGUCUUUAACAGCAAACAUUCACCUAGACCUGAAAAGAGAGAGACUAAGUGUCCCAUUCCUGGAUGUGAUGGCACAGGGCAUGUGACUGGACUCUAUCCACAUCACCGCAGUCUCUCAGGCUGCCCUCAUAAAGUCAGAGUGCCCCUAGAAAUUCUUGCCAUGCAUGAAAAUGUGCUCAAGUGUCCCACUCCUGGAUGCACAGGAAGAGGCCAUGUCAACAGUAAUCGUAACACACAUAGAAGUCUUUCUGGUUGUCCAAUUGCUGCAGCUGAAAAAUUGGCAAUGUCCCAGGAUAAAAAUCAGCUUGACUCUCCCAAAACCGGGCAGUGUCCUGACCAGGUUCACAGGAUGAGCCUAGUAAAACAAUUUGAGUUAUCUCAGUUCAGUUUCCGAUCAUCACAAACAGUCACAUCUCCUAGAGCUACAAUGACAAAAGAACAAGAGAAGUUUGGAAAAGUUCCAUUUGAUUAUGCCAGCUUUGAUGCUCAGGUUUUCGGAAAACGCACAAUAGUACCAGCAGUACAAGGACAAAAUCCACCUCAGCUUCCUGAAUCAAAGCAUUUUUCAAAUCCAGUGAAACUUUCCAAUCGACUGCCUAGUGCUAGCGCCCACACACAGAGCCCUUGCCGUGCCAGCUCUUAUAGCUACGGUCAAUGUAGUGAAGACACCCACAUGGCAGCAGCUGCUGCUAUCCUGAACCUUUCCACCCGCUGCAGGGAAGCAGCAGAGAUCCUCUCCAACAAACCACAGAGUCUGUCUGCCAAGGUAACUGAGAUACAAGUGGAUGAAAAUGGCACUUUGGAUUUAAGCAUGAAAAAAAAUCGAAUUUUGGACAAGGCCACACCUCUAACUUCUCCUCACAUUUCGAUUCCAACUUCUUCGUCUUCCCCAUUCAAAACAAGAAGCCUUUUGGUAAAUGCUGCCUUUUAUCAGGCCCUCUGUGAACAGGAGGGCUGGGACACACCUAUUAACUACAGCAAGACUCAUGAGAAGAAAGAAGAAGAAAAAGAGGCCCAGCACUCUCUCCAUUGCACCACUUCACUGCAAAAGAAAGACCCAGUGGGCUCUCCAGAAAAUUUAGAGGAAAAAAAAUAUCCAGGGGAGGUCUCCAUACCAAGUCCCAAACCCAAGCUCCAUGCCAGAGAACUCAAAAAAGAACUCAUAACCUGUCCAACUCCUGGAUGUGAUGGAAGUGGCCAUGUCACAGGAAAUUAUGCAUCACACCGCAGUGUAUCUGGAUGCCCUUUGGCUGAUAAGACUCUAAAAUCCCUUAUGGCUGCCAACUCUCAGGAGCUUAAGUGCCCAACCCCUGGUUGUGAUGGUUCAGGACAUGUUACUGGAAAUUAUGCUUCCCAUAGAAGUUUGUCUGGAUGCCCCCGUGCUAGGAAAGGUGGUGUCAAAGUAACUCCUACCAAGGAAGAUAAAGAAGAUCCUGAACUUAAAUGUCCUGUAUUGGGAUGUGAUGGUCAAGGUCACAUAUCAGGUAAAUACACUUCCCAUCGUACUGCUUCUGGUUGUCCUCUGGCUGCCAAAAGACAGAAGGAAAAUCCUCUUAAUGGGUCCUCAUUAUCCUGGAAAUUGAACAAACAAGAACUACCACAUUGUCCCCUGCCAGGCUGCAAUGGACUGGGCCAUGUAAAUAAUGUUUUUGUCACCCAUAGAAGCUUGUCUGGAUGUCCUCUAAAUGCACAAGCCAUAAAAAAGGGCAAGAUCUCAGAAGAAUUAAUGACUAUCAAACUUAAAGCAAGUGGUGGUUUAGAGAGUGAUGAGGAAAUUAGGCAUUUGGAUGAAGAAAUAAAGGAACUGAAUGAAUCCAACCUUAAAAUUGAAGCAGACAUGAUGAAACUGCAGACCCAGAUCACAUCUAUGGAAAGUAAUUUAAAAACUAUAGAAGAAGAAAACAAACUUAUUGAACAGAACAAUGAGAGCCUGUUGAAGGAGCUGGCCGGUCUGAGCCAAGCCCUCAUCUCCAGUCUUGCAGACAUUCAGCUUCCACAGAUGGGACCAAUCAGUGAGCAGAAUUUCGAAGCAUAUGUAAAUACACUCACAGACAUGUACAGCAAUCUGGAGCGGGACUAUUCCCCGGAAUGCAAAGCUCUGCUGGAAAGUAUCAAACAGGCAGUGAAGGGUAUCCAUGUGUAGGAUGUGAGAGCUGCCGGGCAACAGAAAUUACUAACAGCAGUCAACUCCAGAUGGAUCUGUUAGGGGUUCGUGUACUGCUAAGGCGUAUAGGUUGCCGUGCUGCAUUUUCAAUUGCAACAUUGCACUAUUUUUUUUUUCCCCCAGCUGAUAUAAAAAGGAAAGAAAAACAUGAUCGACUAUUUGGGUUAACAGCGAUGCACUCAAUUAGUAUCCUUUAUUUAUUUUACUAUGUAUGUCUUUUGUUCCUUUCUUUGCACUUUUUUUAUGUAAAGCAUAUGUAAAAAGUGUGUGUGACUAUUUUUUAUAUUUUUUAUUUAUUUCUAAUCAAAGAUUUUUUAUCUUUUAACAGCAUUUUACAGCCUGCCAUAUUUUUACAAAUGUGUUUUAUUAAUUUAUUUUCCAAUGGGAUUUUAAAUAGACUGAAAAGUUACUCUGUAAACUUAAUAACUUGCUGGGUUUGUAUGGAAAAAUGAACAUUAAAAAAUGUAUGAAAGAACCAGUUACCUAAAGGAGUGGUCUGUGGUCUAGAUUGAUUUUCAUUGCAUACUGCUUUCUUUUCAAUGAUUGUAUUGGAAAAUAGUUUGAGGUCAUUAUGAGAUGAGAGGAGGAAAAAGUGAAAAGAGAAAUGCUGCCCACUAGUGGGAAAACUCGCACUCCUAAAAGCACAGUAUGCUGGAAGCCAGCAUGUUAGCAAUAAUGAAACAUAGCAAUCAGCAAAACAUUUGAUGUGGCUGUGCGGUUUUUAGUCUACAUGUACUCUCAUGAUUUGAAAUAUUUUAAAGAAAUUCAAAGAAUUCUUUUGAUGAUAUAGCUACUUGGGCUUUUUAUUUUCUUUUAUUUUGUUUUGAAAGUCAUCUCAGAUAGUUGACAACUCUUAUCCCUAGUCAAGAAGGCUUAAUGACCAGGCAGGUGUUAGUAUCACACGUUGGUGCAACAGAUAUACAAGAGACAAGACUGAUGAAGAUGUGUACUUAGUAAAUACAAAAGAAUCCAAAUGAAACAUUUGUAGUUACCAGUUUCCCCUGAAAUAGCCUUUAGCAUACUGGUUUGACUCAAAAGAGACAAAAAAAUGCAGCAACAGAGGCAAAAAUCUGAUUCCAAUCUAGUUGCCGGUUGGGUUUUUUUUUUCUUUUAAUUUUUUUUCUGUUCAUAAUCCAAACCAUAGCAACACAAUGAGAGGUUUCACCCAUCCUUAGGAAACAAGACAACUAUGAACCUGUUGCCAGUCUUUCCAUGGGGCAGCAAGUGUUAUGAUACAUAUGCCCAAGCAUCCCAGGAUGUGUGUGUGUGUUAGUUAGCCUGGAUUAUGAAUUUCUGAAUGGAUCAGAGUUUAGUAGUUGCUAUAACAAAGGCAAUGUCUAUUUCAGGGAUUGUAAGUAAUUAAACAUUGUUUCAAAAGUUUUUUUAUAUUUAUUUUUUUUAAGAAAAAGGUAUAGACAACCAGCUAAACUGCCUUUUUGGUAUGCACACACACCUCAUGUGCAGAUGUGCCUCAGUGUAAAUGUAUACAUGGACUUGGCGUGUGCUUAAUUUUCUGUGCUACAACAAAAGUGUUUAUUUUUUAUUAGCCUCAUUUCUAUUUAGACUGAAUGUGAUGGCAUUCACAGGCUUGAUAUAUGCCACUAUUAUUACUGUUAACUGCACAAAAUGAAAUAUUCAAAGGUAAUUCCACUCUCAUGCACUGUGGUUAUUGUUCUGCAUUAAGUGGGGCUUUACUUUUGGGUGGGGGCUCAUUGGAAGCCUCAAAUCUAAGUUUAGUGAAAAUAAGAUGUAUGUUCUUAGGUAGGAGCUGUGUUUAUUUUGAAAUCAGUUUGAAAAAGAAGCUACCAUAUGUGCUGUCUAAUAUACACGGGACACGAAACAGAAUCUGCUUUGAACAUUAUUGUCCUUGCAAACAUAUUUGCUCCACAGUACUUGUUGAAUGCAUACAAAAUGAGUUCACUCAUGACAGAGACUGAAAUUUAAUUUACUAAAUAUUUUAACAAAUUUCUUAUAUAUUUUAUUUAAUUUAAAAGAAAUCUCUUACCAACCUAUGUAUUUAUUACUAUGAUUUUCUCUGGCUUCGGGUUAAUUUAUCUGUGUUUGGAUUGUUUGCUCAGGAUGUUUUGUGAAGUAUGUUUGUAUUUAUUUGUUUCCUUUGUACUUGAUGUGUUUUGUAAUGUGCACUGACUUUUUUUCUGUUCAACUCCAUUGAUGAGCUAUACUGUAAAUUAGGCCUUUUGUAAAAAAAAAAAAAAAAAAAA